AGCAGCAUUUACCACCCCCGCUCACAUCAACACUUCCCCAAAUCUAAUUUCAUCAAACUAUGUUUUCUUCUCUAGUAAGAACAACACGUACACCUGUAUUAACUCAAUUGAGAACUAUGAUCACUGCCCAAGCUGUUCUUUACAAACAACACGGUGAACCAAAGGACGUUUUAUUCACCCAAUCGUUCCAAAUUGACGAUGAGAACUUAUCAGGUAACCAAGUUGUUGUUGAAACCUUAGCUUCUCCAGUCAACCCUUCUGAUAUCAAUCAAAUCCAAGGUGUUUACCCUUCUAAGCCUGAAAAGACUACUCAAUUCGGCACCGACGAGCCUGCUGCUCCAUGUGGUAACGAAGGGUUAUUCCAAGUUAUUGCUGUUGGUGAUAAUGUUGAAGAUUUAAAAGUUGGUGAUUGGGUUAUUCCAGCCAAUGUCAAUUUUGGUACCUGGAGAACUCACGCUUUAGGUAAUGACAGCGAUUUCAUUGCAAUUCCCAACCCAGCUCAAUCUAAGGAAAAUGGUAAACCUUUGGGAUUAUCAAUCAACCAAGGGGCCACUAUCAGUGUAAACCCAUUGACUGCAUUGCUUAUGUUGACUCACUAUGUUAAGUUAACACCAGGUAAGGAUUGGUUUAUUCAAAAUGGUGGUACUUCUGCUGUUGGUCAAUAUGCCACUCAAAUUGGGCAAUUAUUAGAUUUCAAUUCAAUUUCAGUUAUUAGAGACAGACCAAAUCUUGAAGAAACAAUUGCUGAUUUGAAAUCAAAGGGUGCCACCCAAGUCAUUACUGAAGACCAAAAUGGAUCUAAGGAAUUUGGACCAGUUAUUAAAAAUUGGGUUAAGGAAACCGGGGGUGAACUUAAAUUAGCCUUGAAUUGUGUUGGUGGUAAGAGUUCAAGUGGUAUUGCUCGUAAGUUAAACAACAAUGGAUUAAUGUUAACUUAUGGCGGUAUGUCUUUCCAACCAGUCACCAUUCCUACUUCCUUACACAUUUUCAAGAAUUUCACCAGUACUGGAUUUUGGGUUACUGAAUUAUUAAAAAAUAACAAGGAAUUGAAAUUGAAAACCUUGAAUCAAGUUAUUACUUGGUAUGAAGAAGGUAAGUUAAAGGAUGCUCCUUCAACUGAAACUAAGUUUGAUGGUUCAAAGCAAUUGCAUGAGUUGUAUCAAGAUGGGGUUGCUAAUUCCAAGAGUGGUAAGCAAUUGAUUACUUAUUAAACACGUAUGUACUAAAUAGAAUUAUAAAUUAUACAUGACUUUUUUAUCCGAAUCCAGCUGUAGUGGUAUACCUAUGCCCUCCCGUAGUUACGUUUUAUGGACAUGUGAGUCUGCAUAUUGGCAUCGUAUAAUAUCGUAAAAAAAAAUUAUUCUUUUUUUUUUUUCUUUCUUUGAAAUGACAAUGACCACCAAGAUAACGCUUAUCAGUAAAAACUCGACAACUCUAAUUAUAUUCUUCUCUUUCUUUUUAAACAGUGUCAAGCCAUGUCUACUGCAUUGUCAUCUACUAGAGUGUUAAUAGGAACGAAGUUGGUGGAAUCAACAGUUAUUUUCUCCCCCGAUACUGGCAAAAUAGUUGCAAUCAUUUCAGGAAUCCGCGGAAGUUCCGAUCCUACACUUGCACUCUACAAUGUAACCAAGUACAAAAAUGUUACACCACACGUAAUUAUGCCCGGAUUAGUGGAUACUCACGUUCACUUGAACGAUCCCGGAAGAACACACUGGGAAGGGUUUGAAACAGGAACAAAAUCUGCUGCUUCCGGUGGGGUAACUACUAUAAUUGAUAUGCCAUUGAAUUCCAUACCUCCCGUGACUACUGUGUCCAACUUUCAAACUAAGAUCGAUGCAGCAAAAGAUAGUGCUUGGGUAGAUUUGGGGUUCUGGGGAGGCUUAGUUCCUGAUAAUGUUAAUGAUUUGAAGCCGUUAAUUAAUAUGGGGGUUCGAGGAUUCAAAGGGUUCUUGAUUGAUUCCGGAGUUGAAGAGUUUCCUGCUAUUCUGAAGCAACAUAUCUUACAAGCAAUGAAGGAAGUGGAACAAGAAAAGACAAUGUUGAUGUUUCAUGCUGAGAUGGAUAGUGGUGCAACUGUGGAUGUCGAUUAUUCACUUGAUCCUACAUUAUACUCUACGUUUCUUGAGUCUCGACCAGAUGAAUUCGAAACUCAAGCUAUUGGAGAGAUUAUUACUGCAUCAAUAGAAUUCCCAACCGUACCAGUUCAUAUAGUUCAUGUCAGUUCUCACCAGGCAAUUCCAUUAUUAGCUGUGGCUCAGAAAAAACAGCUUCCAAUCACAGCCGAGACGUGCUUUCACUAUCUUUCACUAGCUGCAGAGACGGUCCCAUCAAAAUCCACCCAUUUCAAAUGUUGUCCUCCAAUUAGAACUGAAAAUAAUAGGAAAUUACUUUGGGAUGGACUUAGAACUGGAGUAAUCACUACGGUUGUAUCCGAUCAUUCCCCGUGUACUCCUCAGCUUAAGAAACUAGAAACGGGUGAUUUUUUUGAAGCAUGGGGCGGAAUAAGUUCGGUUGGCUUAGGAUUACCUAUAUUGUUCACCGAGGGACAAAAGAUGACUCCACCAGUUACAUUGAGUGAAAUCAACCAGUGGUGUUCAAUCAACACGGCCAAGCAAGUUGGAUUAAGUUAUACCAAGGGGAAGUUGAAAGUAGGCUACGAUGCAGAUUUAUUGGUGUUUGACACUGAUGCAGAAUAUACUAUUGAUAAUAAGGAUGUUCAUUUCAAGAAUAAGUUGACCGCAUAUGAUGGAAUGAAAUUGCAGGGUCGCGUUGUUGAAACUUUUGUUCGUGGGAAGUCAGUUUAUAGUUUUGAACAAGGGCAUUCUAAAGUGCCAUUGGGAAGGUUGAUUUUAGAACCUAGAACUCAUUAGUGGUUCGUAAAUAAAAAAAAAAAAAUU